AUGUCUCACCGGAAGUUCGAGGCUCCCCGCCACGGAUCGCUGGCAUUCUUGCCCCGCAAGCGGGCCGCCAGACAUCGCGGCAAGGUCAAGAGCUUCCCCAAGGAUGACCCGAAGAAGCCCGUCCACCUCACUGCCGCCCUGGGCUACAAGGCUGGCAUGAGCACCAUCGUGCGUGACUUGGACCGACCCGGUGCCAAGUUGCACAAGAAGGAAAUCGUCGAGGCCGUUACCAUCAUCGAGACCCCUCCCAUGAUCGUCAUUGGUCUUGUCGGCUACAUCGAGACCCCCCGCGGCCUGCGUUCCCUCACCACCGUGUGGAGCGAGCAUCUCAGCGACGAGAUCAAGCGGAGAUUCUACAAGAACUGGUACAAGAGCAAGCAAAAGGCUUUCAAGAAGUACGCCAAGAAGUACUCGGAGAACAGCGGCCAGUCCAUCACGCGCGAGCUCGAGCGCAUCAAGAAGUACUGCACUGUCGUCCGCGUGCUCGCCCACACCCAGAUCCACAAGACCCCGCUCAAGCAGAAGAAGGCCCACUUGAUGGAGAUCCAGGUCAACGGUGGCAGCAUCGCUGACAAGGUCUCUUUCGGCCACGGACUCUUCGAGAAGCCCGUCGCCAUCGACUCCAUCUUCGAGCAGGACGAGAUGAUUGACGUUAUCGCCGUCACCAAGGGCCACGGAUACAGUGGUGUGACCAGCCGUUGGGGAACCAAGAAGCUUCCUCGCAAGACGCACAAGGGUCUGCGAAAGGUUGCCUGUAUCGGCGCGUGGCAUCCCAGCCACGUGCAGUGGACUGUUGCCCGCGCCGGUCAGCGGGGUUACCAUCACCGUACGUCGGUCAACCACAAGAUCUACCGCAUUGGCAAGGGCGAGGACGAGGGCAACGCGUCGACCGAGUUCGACGUGUCCAAGAAGACCAUCACCCCUAUGGGUGGCUUCGUCCGCUACGGUGAGGUCAAGAACGACUUCCUGCUGCUCAAGGGCUCGUGCCCGGGUGUGAAGAAGCGGGUCAUGACUAUCCGCAAGUCAAUGUUCACACACACGAGCAGGAGGGCGCUAGAGAAGGUCGACCUGAAGUGGAUCGACACAUCGUCCAAGUUUGGACACGGUGCAUACCAGACUUUCGCGGAGAAGAAGCAGUACCUGGGAACUCUCAAGAAGGACCUCGCCCCUGCUGCGUAAGUUGGUGGUUCUGUUCUGGAUGUGUGCAUUUCAAGGUUCCGUGGAGGGUAGCUCUGGCGUUGUCUUCCUCUCACUUUCGACUAAAACCUCAAUGGAAAAGUUGAACGAUUGUGUUCAUGCCACGAUAUGAUGCUGCGUAUGCUCUACUUGGGGUGCUUCAAAGCCUGCAGAACAUGUUGGCAGACGUGUGAUAUAUCUUCUGACGGUUCGAACGGUAAGGAUCUUGCAGCCUUACUCAGAUUCUAAGGAGUGAUAUACCCUAAAUAGUGGCAAUCAAGUGUCAUUGGGUCGACAAUUACUAUCGCAGACGUUAUGCUGGGAGCACUUUGAAUGAUCACGCGGUGCUUUCUCACUGGGCGGAAAUGCAUGACGAUGUGAUUUGGGAGAAUAAUGAAAUAACC